AUGGAGCCGACUGCGUUGAAUGGGAAGAUGGCUAGGUGGCAGAUUCUACUCUCUAAAUUUGACAUAGCCUAUGUAAAUCAGAAGGCUGUUAAAGGAAGCGCGAUAGCAGAAUUUUUGGCUAGCAGAACUUUAGAAGACUAUGAACCUCUGAAUUUUGAUUUCCCAAAUGAAGAUUUGAUGUAUGUUGCAACUGCUAAAGAGGAUCCCCACGAAAAUCACCCUUGCAAGUUAAGCUUCGACGGAGCUUCAAAUGCUAUAGCUUGCAUUAUGGGCAUCCGAGUAGCCAUAGAGCGAAAAAUUAAGAUUCUAGAGGUAUACGGAGACUCUGCAUUAGUAAUUUACCAGCUCAAAGGGGAAUGGGAAAUGAGAGACCCGAAGUUAGUCCGCUAUCGAAAAUUGGUUUUGGAAUUGAUUAAGGAGUUUGAUAGUGUCACCUUUUGUUAUCUCCCACGAGAUGAAAACCAGAUGGCAGAUGCUUUGGCCACUCUAGCCUCUAUGAUCAAGGUAAACAAACUAGAAGAUAUGAAGCCUAUUCAGAUCAACAUUCAUAAGGCUCCAGCCCAUUGUUGCAACAUUGGCAAUAAAGAGGAAAAGGAUGAUCACCCCUGGUAUCAUGACAUAUUACGAUAUGUAAGGAUUCGUGAGUACCCCGACCAUACGACAGAGAAUGAUAAGAGGACAUUAAGGAGAUUGGUCAUUGAUUAUGUCCUAGAUGGGGAGAUUUUGUAUAAAAAGGGAAAAAAUCAAGUAUUGUUGAGAUGUGUGGAUGCUGUCGAGGCCAAGAAAAUUUUGGAAGAAGUGCAUGAAGGUAUCUGUGGAACGCAUGCUAACGGUUUCACGAUGGCAAGACAAAUUAUGAGAUUUGGGUACUAUUGGUCCACCAUGGAAGUGGAUUGCAUUAGUUACGCUAAAAAGUGCCAUAAAUGCCAAAUUUAUGGUGACAAAAUGCAUGCACCACCUUCACCCCUUCACGUUACGAUUUCUCCAUGGCCGUUCUCCAUGUGGGGAAUAGAUGUCAUCGGGCCAAUAUCUCCAAAGGCUUCUAAUGGGCAUCGUUUUAUCUUUGUAGUUAUAGAUUACUUCACUAAAUAG